CACAAAACACAUAAGAAACCGCAAACUAGUUGGAAAAGGCCUCGUGGGUUCCAGUCGCUUGGGACGACCACGGCCCGGCUCUACGAAGCAGCGAAGCUGUCAAAGCCACUGACAAAAGUCUAGUCAGGGCCCAACUAUAGUUGGGGGGAUUCGAUAGUUGGGACACUACAAAGUCUAAGUCCCUUUUUGUUAUAGCAUGUUCUAUGCUCUGUGAGUGGAAAGGAAACACCCUAAGGCCUAACAAGCCAUGCACCUACAAUGGAGGUUACGUGCUUAUAGCAGUACGGUAGCAGCUGUAUGGAAACUGGCAUUUUGUAAACUGAAAAACGAAUCGAUAAGAAAGAACUUGUUUUCUUUUGAUUGAGUCGCCAUGCCGUCAAGAAAGAGAAGUCAGAAACCUGAUGAGUCAUCGAUCAUCAACAGUCAGACAACUAUCAGUAACUUAACAUUUAGAACUGAUGUCACACCAAGCUCUUUGAUUGAUGGAAGCAAAGAUUUAGACAUGGGAGCGAAUGGUCCUGGCUUGAAAGGAGACUACAAAAGUGUUAUGUUAUUACUGCUGCUUUAUGUUCUUCAGGGUAUUCCAUUAGGUUUAGCAGGGAGUAUUCCACUUGUGUUACAAAGUCGGAAAGUUAGCUACAGUCAGCAAGCUGUCUUUAGCUUUGUGUACUGGCCCUUCAGCGUUAAACUCAUCUGGGCUCCCAUUGUGGACUCGCUGUUUGUGCCAAGAUUUGGUCGUCGGAAAACAUGGCUGGUACCAACUCAAUACGCCAUCGGAUUCUUUAUGCUGUUUCUCUCAAGUCAUGUUUCUGCGAUUCUUGGAGAUGCUGAUGAAGUGGAUGAAAACUCGCCACCAAUCAACGUGUACUUCCUUACUGCAGUUUUUUUCAUGCUGAACUUUUUGGCCGCGACGCAAGACAUUGCUGUGGACGGCUGGGCUCUUACAAUGCUAUCAAAGAGGAAUGUUGGCUAUGCAUCAACGUGCAAUACAGUUGGACAAACAGCGGGUUAUUUCCUUGGAAAUGUUGUAUUUCUUGCUCUUGAGUCGGCAGACUUUUGUAAUAAAUACUUGAGAUCAGAGCCCAAAUCGCAUGGACUUGUGACUUUACCAGAUUUUCUGUUUUUCUGGGCAUGUGUCUUUCUUGUCACAACAACGCUCAUAGCACUACUAAAGCAUGAGAAGCAGGGCCAUUCCACAGAGAAUGAUGAACUGAAAUGUGGAGUCUUUGACACUUACAAACAACUUUAUAAACUGUUAAAAUUACCAUCUAUAAAAGCAUACAUGCUGUUUGCUUUGACUUAUAAGAUAGGGUUUGCAGCUGCAGAUGCAGUGACAGGGUUGAAGCUAAUCGAAGGAGGUGUUCCUAAGGAGAAGUUAGCUCUACUUGCCGUCCCAAUAGUCCCUCUUCAAAUUCUUCUUCCAUGGGUUAUCAGUAAAUACACCAGUGGACCGAGACCACUAGAUAUAUUGCUUAAAGCCUUUCCAUUCAGAUUGCUUAUUGGCGGGACAGUUUUUUUCUUCAUAGUUUGGUGGACACCAUCAAUGAAAAGUGAUAACGGAGAGUUUCCAUUGUACUAUUAUGUUGUGAUAAUUCUUGUCUACACUUGUUAUCAGAUACCAUUGUACUCGAUGUUUGUAGCAAGCAUGGCGUUCAAUGCACGCAUAAGUGACCCUCGCAUAGGAGGUACCUAUAUGACCCUCCUUAACACUGUACAGAACCUCGGAGGUAACUGGCCAUCAACUCUAGCAUUAUGGAUGGUAGAUUUUCUGUCUUGGAAGUCAUGUGUAGGAGGCACAGGCUCAAACUUAGAGUUGGACUGUGACAAUAAAGUUGAAGUUAAGGCAUGUACUGAUGCAGGAGGACACUGUGUUACAGAUAUUGACGGCUAUUACGUCGAGCUUAUAGCUUGUCUCAUCAUUGGUUUCACCUGGCUAUGUUUGAGGUCAGAGAAAGUGCGCAAACUUCAAGAUUUGAAAGAGGAAGAUUGGAAGUGUCCUGCUACACAAUGACUAGUAACUAAUGUAUAGAACUUGUGAGAAAUCAAAUAUAUUUAAAUAUUUUAGUAAAAACUGCUUUUCAGGACAGUUCGCUGUUUUUAGCUGCAACAUUGCCAUGAUAUGUAAAAUGCAGUGUUGUAGUACUCGUAGUCGGCUACUAUUUGAGCAUCAAUCUGAUGGUAGGUGUACAUGUACUUGUAUGGUGACCAGUCUUUUAUUCUUUAUCUUUUUCUUCCAUUAUGUGCAUUUUAACAUGUGUUAUCAUGUUGGUCAUAUGUAUAGGGUACAAUGUUAACUUAAAUAUUAUUAUUAUUAUUAAUGUUAUUGACUAUCAAACUAACUGAACUCAAAGUCAAAUCUUGAUACUUGACUGAAAAAAUAAUCUGGACUUGGAAGCCAUACACAUGUAUGUACAUGUAUAGUACAUGUAUGUACAUGUACAGUACAUGUACAUGUACUUGAUAUUCGACUAAAU